AGUAUCGGCGCCAAAACAGCAACACGGAAGUGUCUGAAAACGACAGGAGUACGCUUGUGCUGAACAUUUAUUCACUCAAAUCACUCUUAAGCUUCUUAUUGAGCUUUUUGCACAACAUGGACACGCAGUCAUAUCUACCGGUCCAGCCUGGAGUCGGGAUGGAGGAGAAUUUUCUUUCUCUGGACGAUAUUUUGCUCUCACAUGAAAGACUGCCUGCCCGGACAGAGUGCACCUUUCCCCGCCUGGGAUUCCUAGAGAAAACAACUGACUCGCAGGACAUCACUGAGGUGAGAAAAGGAGAAACAUGAGAAAUAACCUUAAAGUAUCUAAGUGAGUGUUACAUUUAUUCCGCCUAUUGAUUUUAACAAGCCAGCUAUGUUUUUUGUAUGUGUCUAAGGAAGUUGCACCAAAGCCCACUCAUUUUUUAUGUAAGUUUGUUUUAAACACGCUGAUUCGACACGAGCACUUGCAUUACCGAUCAAACUAGACUGCUACUAAACCAAAAGGUCUCGAUGUUCAAUUCGACAUGCUUACCACCUCUUGUAUUUUAUUUUAUUUUAUUUUAUUUUUCACUAAAAGCCUGACACAAUAUUGCAUAUUGGCGUCAGGGCAGCUCACAGAGACAGCAAACAGCUGACACGACAGAGUUUAACAGCAGUAUGAUAUAAGCUGUAUGACUUUGACAUAGACUUUUUAAAGUUACAGGUAAUCGUGAAUAAAAACGACUUUGUACUGAGGCUGAGUGUUUUAUCAUUUGGAGAAAUUAGUUUGCUUACUAGCCUUAGAUGUACACUAACUCUUAAAUCUCAUGUUUUGUCUGCAGGGUACAAAGAUGGAGCUUCCUCUAUGGCUGUCAAAGGGUCUGUAUGAGAGGAAGAGGAGGGUGUUGUCAGUCGAGCUUCCAAAGGUUUACAGGGAAGGCUGGAGGACUAUUUUCAAAGCAGACCCCAAUGUGGUGGAUCUGCAUAAGAUGGGGCCUUACUACUAUGGCCUGGGAUCCCAGAUGCUGCACUUUGACAGCCCAGAGAACCCAGAGAUCGCACAGACGUUACUACAGGUAAAACACACACAACACCGAUAACACAGAGGAAUUAUGCUGAGCCAGAACUUUAAACAUCCCUUUUUGUCAUGACAUGAAAUGGUUAAUAUCAGGAGUUGUCUGGUUGAUACAAAAAUACACCUCAGUUACUAGGCCUGAACGAUAUAUCGUUUGACUAUCGUCAUCGCGAUGUACGUGUGUGCGAUAGUCACAUCGCAGAGCCUGCGAUAUUGGAGGUGAAUGAACUCAUUUAAUUUCAAGGGUAACCGACUGAGAUACACUCCAUGUGACUCUGCAUGUGCUGUGCAGCGAUCCACCAAUCGCCUUCGUCCUUAACUCAGUUGCCAAUCAGACUCACUUCUCAGUUGCCAAUCAGACUACCCUGCCAGCUGUCAAUCAAAAUCAGGGAGGAGAAAACCCACCCCUGCACAUGUUCUGCACAUGGAGGGAGACGUGUGUCCGCUGAGAAUUACUUUCGGAACUUCACUGACUGUUAAGCCCAACAAAUAAGAACUGUAUGGGUUUUAAAUUGUACAUUUCCGUGGACCACUCUACUAUAAGCAGUGCGCGUUUUGCGAGGUGCAUGCAAUUCUCGGAGGACAUGCGUUUCUCGGCACAACACCGCUAACAACAACAACAACGAUCGCAAAAUGAGCAACGAACAAGCGAAAACCACCGAAAAUGAAGAUUUGUUGCCAAAAAGAAAAGGAAAGUCAGUUAUCUGGAAUUAUUUCGGUUAAAAGAAGGAUGAUGUCGACCAAAACACGUCUUCUGUGUUCAUCUGUUGCCACAAUAACGUCCCAUCACAAUAAAAGCUAAAAAUAUCUCUGAGACAGACAGAAGCCGUUCUACUAACAUUCACAAAAAGAGGUAAGAUCAGAGCAGAUUAACUGUCCUCAAGAUUUCAGCAGUGCAGCAUAACAUUAAGUGCUAUUCAGGUCAUCUGGUGAAAAUACUGUAUUUUUAAUAUCGCAAUAUAUAUCGCAGGGUUGAAAAAAUCGCAAUAUUAUUUUUUUCCAAUAUCGUGCAGCCUUAUCAGUUACAGUGAUUUAUUUACUCAACCAAGGACACAACAUGGUACACGUGGAAACUUUUUAAACAUUUUUAUUUUAAUCAAUAUAUGCACUAUAUAUAUAUCAUGUACACAACUGUAGGUGUGAUCAUGAUAGGGAACAAACCUGCAGGAAGAGAGAAAAGGCAGUGCUUUCUGAUGUUGAAUGGACUAAGACAUCAUCAUUUGAGUUAAUUUUAGAUAUCACACCAUUAACUGACUCACUGAAUCAACCUAACCUCAUGUUGAAAUACCCUACAACAUUUGCCAUCUCCUUGCUCAUCAUAAAAGAACCAUUGCUCAGUAAAGUUAUUGUCAGUAGCACUGUCAUCAAGGGCAGGAUUUUUCUUCAGAGCCACAGUCUUGACAAGGUUUUUGUUCUAUUUUUACACUAUCCAUACUUUUAUACUAUUAUAUUACACUAUAUUAUAUUACAUUUAUAUUAUAUACACCAUAUAUUACACCACGAAACAAAACAAUAUUGAAACCUGUUUGGAUACCACAGCAAAAAUAAAAAGUGUGGGGCGAAUGGACUACUCGGCACCAGCAUUAAUUUUAAAUGCACAGACAGCGGUAGAAGAAAAAGAACAUGAAUCCACACCUGACUGCAAUGUUCUGUCUGUCAGUGUGCAAUCUUUCCUGAGAAUAAAAAAAGGACUUUUUUAAACUAAAGUUAUUGUGAGUAAGAAAGGUAGAAUCAACAGUUAGCUGGUGGAUAGAAUCCAGACAUAGUGAGAGAAGACCCAAACAAGAGGUGGAGAGGUUUUUUCUCACCAUGAAGGUGAGACAAAACCUCUCCAGGUUUUUUCUUUUUGGUGACAACCACCCGAUAACUAUACAGUAUUCUGUUUGUGACACUGAUCACAAUCAUUGAUCUGAAGGUGGUUUUAUUGAUUUUAAAACAGUUUACUAACACAGCUGAUAAAGUAUUUCUCAGUUUCAGUGCUUGGUAGUGCUUCCAUGGCAACACCAUUCAAAUCAGUGUUAAACGUAACAUUCUCAUGAACAGUUCAGUCUGAACAAUGGUGUCUUCCAAGCCCUGUGCUGUGUUUUCAGUUUGCAUCACGUCUGUUACUGCCAUUAUGUUAUGUUACUGUUUAAUUUCCAUUUUUGUUGGUGACUGGUUAUCCAAUGGAAGCUUUGGUGCUCUCCCUGUAAACUGGGAGUAAAAUGAAAACAACCUUUAAGUUAUUUACCAUUGCUGUUAGUAAGUAAGGUUUAUGUUGACAUAAACAGUCAAUUGAUACUUUUAUACUUUUUAUUUUACACUGAAUGUUUACCCUUGAGUAACGCAAUUUCAAUUCUCUGUGUGUUACACAUAUUGCAGAAUUGACAAUAAAGCUACCUUGAAUUUGAAACCUGAAUGUUUCACCGGAAAGGUGAGAUUGUUAACUGUAAACUAGCCUCCUGUCUGUGGAUUGAUUUAAUAUGUGUGACAUGAGGGAAAAGGUCAUCCCAAGAGUCGCCUUUGCUGUUCAGUAUAAAAUAAUUCAUCAAGGUUUUUUUGUUAACCAGUCAGAAUCAAGUAUUUGCACAGCUGAGUAAUAAAUGAGAACCCUGAGUAAUAUUCACUAAACAGUGACUCAUUUUCUCGAUGCUCAUUUCGCUGGCUUAUUCAAAAACUUGAUUCUGUGAAAUGGAAAAAUAAUAAAGUUUGUAUUAUCUUAGUACAUGUGGUGUAAAAGUAAAAUAAAAACUAUUAAAAGUAUUUUAAAAAAAAUGACAUCCCUCCCUAUGAUCAAUUCAAACCAUCAGCCAUCAAUAAAAGUGUGAAUCAUCAAGUGCUUUCGGUAGUUUAGGAGGCAGCUCUACCUUCAAGAACAAUUCCUGGUCCUGGAUGACCACAUUUCCCUCUGUCCACAGUGUUUUCCUCUGAAAGGCCCCCUCGCUCGAGUUUUAAUGCCAAGCUUUACAGGCUGUUGGCUGAACUUAAGGUGCAGAUAUGAGAAAGCCAGCAAUCAUUAAGCCUCCAUCUCCAUAAGAAAGGAUAAAAAACAUGUCUCCCAAAAUGCCAAACUGUCUCCAGAAAACAGGAUUUAUCAGACACAGGGAGAAACUGAAUCAGAGCAAGAGAUUGAUAAUGUGUGGUUUCAAAUACUGAAUCACGUUUCCCACAAAAGCUUUGUUUUCCUGUUUGUAGAGAAGAAAUAAUGUGCUUAUUUACCAAGCAGACUUGCAUGCGAAGGAUUACCUGUGAGUAAAUCAGGAAUUCUCACUUUUUGAUGCUUAGAGUAUGGUUCCAUGCUGAGAUAAAGGAUCUGAUCACAGGGCGUUGUCAGUGCAAGUGUGUGAUAUGAACAAAUCUUAAAACAGUACAGAACAAAAGAGUUUGGUCCAAAACUCUGCAGAUAAACAAAUGUGAUGUAUUAGUGAGACAACAGUGAAGCCAGUGUACUUCAACAAGCCACAGCUAGGGGGGGCACUCAGCUCAGAAACCAUUGCAGACGGCUGGUUGUCUGGGGCAGCUGUUACCAGGCAGAUUGAUUCUAAUCUCAUUGAGGAAUUCUUCAUGUUCAACACAUUACCCAUGCUUUUCAUGCAAAACUGUCCAUCCUUGUGGGGUAUUUUCUACUGCAUCAGCAAACUUGGCUUGAGGUCGGUGUGAAGACUAAGAAUACAUAAAUAUUCUGGGUGAAAAUUGUGCACGAAGAAGCACAAAAGUCUGUAAAACAGUUUUAUUGAUUUUAGAAUUGUCCAAAUUUAGUGUAAAGGAAAAGGGAGCAGUUCUGGUUGCACCCUAUUUGAUGUAUCAGUAUUUUAAGAUCAGUUUUUAAUGGUUUUCCUUGAGGCAAAAGACAGGAAAUUACACCUAUCCAAAGUUUCUGAUUAAAUUCAAUAUCAAAGGUGAGCACUGGUUGCCAAACUAGGUCACUUUGAUGAAAAUGUUACCAGCAUGCCAAAAGUUCCUGCACUACAGGACUGAUGCGACACCACCAAUAUGAAGAAGCCCUCCUCUUCUGUUCGUCGGACUAAAAGCAAACUGUUGACACCAUCCUCUGUCUUUUCAGACAUUCAUUGGUCGUUUCAGACGGAUCAUGGACUCCUCCCAGAACGCCUACAACGAGGACACAUCAGUUCUGGUGGAGCAUUUAGACUGUCUGGAGAAGACUCUGUUCAGGUCAGGGCAGAGUGGACUCAAUAGCUUUCAGAGCUGGGAGAAGGGCCAGGCCUCCCAACUUACCGCCUCCAGUCUGGUUCUCAACUACCGCAAGAGGAAGAUGACGGACAUACAGCCCUGACUCGCAGUUUAAUCUAAAGACGCCGGUUAUAACUUUGUAAGCUUGUUGAGGAAAGCAGCAGCAGACUCAGAAAAGUUCAGUUUCCACGGACUAACAUCUGCUUGUGUCCCAUGAGAUGACCAACCUGUGUUUCAUAACAGAAAAUUAGACAAUACUGCUCGUUCAUAGAGCAGAUUGGUGGUACAGGAUUUGUAAAAAAUCUGAUGGUACAAAAACAUAAUCUUUACACAUUUUAGAUGAACAGAACAGGGAUUAGAAACAGAACUAAACAGCUUUCUCUACAAAUCCCUCUCAGACUGUUGGGGUGGCCAAAGAGACAGAAAACUUAAAGAGCAUGAUGUAAUGGGAGGUAAGAAACAGAACAACUAAACUCGUACAUAAACUCAUUAACAUAAGAAUCCGGAUUUUGUAUAAGAUAUUAUUAAAUUAGAAUUUAAUGGCUUUCAAAUAAUUUCAACCCUGUAUUUGAUUAAAAACAGCAUAAAGACAACACAUCAAAUAAAUUGAAACGUGUGAUUGUUUUGUGAUGGUAAAAGUUGUAACAGAGGCAUGUUUGCCAUUGAGUUGCAACACUUCUUUCAUAACACUGUAGUGUAAACGAAGGAGACCAGUUUCUGGAAUUUCGAUAGUUCAACGUUGUCCUUGUAUGUAAACCUGUAUGAGCAUUCAGUGUUCCCCAUACCAACGUGGAGGCUGGCUUGUCUUCAGAGCAGAGGUUGCAAUGUUCAUGAUUUCCAAAGUUUUCCGCUCAGCUUUAGUCCAUCUUUAAUGAGCUCUGGGCUUAGUGAAGCCCCUGUUAUUUCUGGAUCAUGUUAAAAUAUGGUCUCCUCUUUGCAUGAUACAUUUUACACCUGCGUUUAGGGAUACAGCAACAAACUGUUCACAGACGGUGGUUUCUGGCUGUGAUUUGCGCCUCAGAGUCUUGUCUGUUUUUAGUUCAGCACAGUCUGAAGGCUGAAGAUCAUGGUCACCCAUUCUCAAUGAUUGACCUUUUGUACAGAGAUUUCUUCAUAUUAUCUGAAUCUUUUAUCGACAUUUUGUACUACCCUUAAUAAAAUCCUUAAACUCUUUGCAAUUUCAUGCUCAGGAUCAUUUUUUCUGGAAUGCCAAACUGUUUGUUAGAAAGUGGUGUUUCUCAAAGUGUUUUUCUAAACACAGAUUUUUCAGUGUUUUGUUGUCCCAACAUUUUUUAAGUGUGUUGCUGGUAGGGCUGGGCAAUAUGGCCUCAAAUCAAUAUCAUGAUAUAUUGAGCAAUUCAUCUUGAUAACAAUAAACGGACGAUAACUACUCCACAAGCUGCUCACCCCCUCCCACAUUAACUUUGUCUACUUAAGCCGCCGCUCCAGCCGCUCCAACUUUUGAACCGUCCUCCAUCUCUUCACCUGUCUUUCCCUCUUUGUUACGGACUGAAGGGGGUGGAGUCACAUCUCCAACAUAGGACAGCGGGACGUGAGACCGUAGCCUACCUACACACAUCCAAAACCAACUUUUGUGUACUUAUUUUUUUGACACUGAAUAUAUUGACAUGGACAAAAUGACCUCGGUCAUUGUCAUAAAUUUCGGUAUCUGUAAAUUUUCGAUUUAUCGCCCAGCACUAAUUGCUAGUAUCAAAUGUAAAACAAGAACACAUUUUCACAUAACAAAAUAACCCUAAAGUUUUCUUUGCGCUAUUUUCAUUUAAAAUAUUGGGUUUAAAUAGAACCUUUACAAUCUGUUUUUGUCAAUAUUUUACAGUGUUAUAACCUGCCUUAAAUUUGGUUUGUAGAUCAGUUACUCAGUCGUUUAGAUUUGCUUGUAGACCUUUCAGCAGAAACGCACACAGAGUAAUUUCUACCGAGGGGGAACGGGUGAGUAAAAUCACCGGAGACAUUUCUCUGUUUUCUCUCAGUAUGUGGUCUUUAAUACAAACACACUGUUUAGACCUCAGCAAAUGGAGCACAUCAUUUUCACUCCUAGGAAUGAAGAACUGUAGUUAUUUUGUUUUUUUAUAAUGACAACAAAACAAAGUGAAGCCUCAGUAUGAAUAUUGAGGUCACCUCUAAAUGCCAACUGUUGCGCACAGUGAGCAGAAUUUCAAAUUACCACCUGCCAGGCACCAAAUGUCGAUAAAAUGUGUCUUCAGUAAAACAAUCUCCGAGGCUUGUACAAGAUUAUAGAGAAGAUGACAUGUUGGAUGGAUUGGUAAAUGUCAGUUUUCAAGUUUUACCUGGGAGCCUGAUUUUUAAGAAAUCAGUGCACCAAAUGUGUCGCUUCAAUCUGUCAUGCUGUUCCUCUCAGAGCAGCAGAGCAUUGGAGCUUGUGUGAUGAGUUUCAUUAGAUCAGAUGGACAGUCUUUUUCUGUUUUUUUUUUUUUUUUUUACCCAGAAAAAAACUGUUUUCAUGAUGUGACAUAGUAGUGCUUCUGUCUGUGACUAAAUUAGGAUAUAUACUGUAUUAUAAUGAAAUUUUGGAUGUACAGUUAAGGUGAAAUGAUGACAGACCGUGGGCAGGGAAUGGUGUAAGUGGGUCCAGCAGACCUCACCACCUCCUACAGACACUUCAUCACACCUCUAACCCCUCACAGUGUAACUAACGUUCGCCUCACUCUGGCAAACUCACAAAACUUGAUCCAAAGUGUCUCAUCAUAACUGUCAGCUCUGAUAGAAGUUUAGCACACACCCUCUUGUUUUAUUGGACCCAUAAGCCUUUUUUUCAUUGCAGACUGACUUGAUAAAGCCGGAGAUGUGCGGUUGUCGCCACAUUAAUUGUAGUACACUGAACAUGGUUCAUCUGUUAGUAUGCAGAAAAUAGCUGUCGAUGUUUUUCCUGCACGAACAACGUGGUAUAUAAUUUUAGCUGUGAGGAAAAGGUGUGAUGCAUGGAAAUAAAAGCUUGUUUUUUUUAAAUAACAGUGAUGCUGCAAUACCUGUUAUUGCACAGCAUGUCAUCUUCCCACCCAACACUUGAUGACUCCAUUCAACCAGAAAGGCCCAAAAUAGCCCUGUAGCCAGGGACCCUUGUUGCAUGUCACUCUUUUGACAUACUGGCUGAAGGAAAACCGAGACAAAAUUCAAAAAGCUUCAAAAGCUUAACUAUUGCACAUCUCUAUGCAAUAGUUCAAUGACAGUAAUGAGCUCCGUGUCUCUCCCUGUACUCACUUUUAUCCAAAGGUUUUCAAAUCUAAUAUACAUACAAAACAUACCAAAAAAACUAAACAAUAAAUCAUCAAAUUUCAACUUGGUAAACCUGGGAUACAAAGUCCAUCCAUGUAUGCAUAAGAGAUAUUAUAAAUCAGUUCAAUUAUCAUUUUUACAAAGUUAAAAGUUUGCUAACUUGGAGAAUUGGUCUUAUUUGUUUGGGUCAAAGUGAACACAUUAGCCAUGGACACUAACACCAUUACAGAUGUUGGCUUUGAGCCUUGGACUGAUAACAAUCUGGAUGGUCCUUUUCCUCUUUACCCUAGAGGUCACCACAUCCAUGAUUUCCAGAAACAAUUUGAAACGUGGACUCAUCAGACCACAGCACACUUUUCCGCUUUGUGCCAGUCCACUCAGAUGAGCUCAGGUCUAGAGAGGCCGUCGACAUUUCUGGGUGUUGUUGAUAUCUGGAUUUGCAUGUUAGAGUUUGAACUUGCACUUCUAGGUGUAGAGACGAGCAGUGUUAACUGACAAUGGUUUUCUGAAGUGUACCUGAGUAUAUCCUUUACAGACCAAGCUUGCCUCUUAUGUGUAGAGAUAUUCUCUGAAUAUUUUGGUAAUCAAUAGACUCUAGAUGAUAAAGUUCCUGCAAUUGUACAUUGAGAGACUUUCUCAAACUGUUGAAGUAUUUGCUCAGGUAGUUGUUGAGGUGGUUAACCUCAGCCUGAUCCUUGUUUUUGAAUGACAGAGCCCUUCGGGGGGUGCUCCUUUUACCCAAACGUGACUCUACCCUCUUUCCAAUCGUUGUUUACACCAAAUUCUGAACGUACCAUCCGAAUGUCGCAGCUGAAACCGAGACUCAUCAGACCAGGCAACGUUCCUCCAAUCUUCUGCUGUCCGAUUCUAGUGAGAUAACGCUUUUUCACAGAUAACAUACAACUCCCAUAGCAGUUGUUACAAUGAUCAUACAACAGCUACACACUGGAAGCUCCUUGCUAUGUGUCCUUGUGCAGAUCCUGGCUUUGUUUUGAGGUUUGAUUACAACAAAGCAUGUGGGCCUGGCUGCAGCUGCUCAUUGAAGUGUUCAAUGUGGGUCAGGUGAUGGACUGACAGUUAAGAGCUUGGUCACCACUGAUGACACUAUUGACAAAUCCCCUGGGCUGUAACUAUUGAUCCAGAUAUGGGAUUUUCCUAACUGAGGUGGGCGUGUUUGAAAAAGAUUUUCCAUCUUAACAACACUCAUUCGUCACAUCUCGUCAUCACGAGGGUGGUCAUUUGUUUUCUUUUGGUCAGCAUUCAGUUUCCUCUCCUGCAGAAACAAACCUAGACUUCCUUACCGGCUAUAAAGCAGUACAAUUUGCACACAAGUGGCAAUCUCUGCUGAUGAAAUUGGGACCAGUGCAGAAAAGAAAAAAAAUAGCUCCUUGUGUGUCCACUUUGGACUAGCUGCAGAAGCCAAGGAGUCUCCAUUAAGUCCAAGGUCAAAACACCCAAUUUUUACAGCUAAAGCAGAUAUAUCUACAGCCUGGUCAAAAUCCAGUUUAAGUUGAAGGUUAUUUAUUUAUUGGUGAACACUGCACAAGGGGUAAUUUCUUUCUACAACAUCCAUUUCAGCACGGUGUCUUUUCUUUUUAGAGUACUUGAAAGUUACGUUUGGGAGCUGUACUGUUUAAAUCCCAAAGUCCCUUUUCUCAUGCGAUAUUUGAACAUAUUAUGCUGACGUUUGAGUGAUCUUACUGACCAAACUGAGCAGUCCUUAAACACAUCAUAAUGUAUGUGCCUCUCGCCACUUCAUCCAGUCAGCUCACUAGAUUUUUUCUAGCUAAUCUUACACAAAUGUCAGCAAUGGAUCAUCGUUUUUAAUGUCAGGGAUUUUCAAGUUAGGGUGCGGGUAGCAUAACUGCUUUCAGAAGAGCAGCAAGCAGCCUCUGUAAGUUGAAAGACAUUUUUU